GGCGGGCGCAGAGCGCCGCGAGCAGCCAUGAUGCAGGAAGGCUCGGACGACGGCCCAGAUUUCCUCUCGGAGGAGGACCGAGGUCUUAGAGCAAUAAAUGUAGAUCUCCAGACCGAUGCUGCUCUGCAAGUGGAUAUCUCAGAUGCACUCAGUGAGAGGGAUAAAGUAAAAUUCACGGUCCAUACAAAGAGUUCCUUACCAAAUUUCAAACAAAAUGAAUUUUCUGUUGUCCGGCAACAUGAAGAGUUUAUUUGGCUUCAUGAUUCUUUUGUUGAGAAUGAGGACUAUGCUGGCUAUAUUAUUCCACCAGCACCACCCAGGCCUGACUUUGAUGCCUCCAGGGAGAAACUGCAGAAACUUGGAGAAGGGGAAGGAUCAAUGACUAAAGAAGAAUUCACCAAGAUGAAACAAGAACUGGAAGCUGAAUAUUUGGCAAUAUUCAAGAAGACAGUUGCAAUGCAUGAAGUGUUUUUGUGUCGCGUGGCAGCACAUCCUAUUUUGAGAAAGGACUUAAAUUUCCAUGUAUUCUUGGAAUAUAAUCAGGAUUUGAGUGUUCGUGGGAAAAAUAAGAAAGAGAAACUUGAAGACUUCUUCAAAAAUAUGGUUAAAUCAGCAGAUGGUGUCAUUGUUUCAGGAGUAAAGGAUGUGGAUGACUUCUUUGAACAUGAGAGAACAUUCCUUGUAGAAUAUCACAAUCGAGUCAAAGAUGCCUCUGCCAAAUCUGAUAAAAUGACGAGAUCACAUAAAAAUGUGGCGGAUGACUAUAAUAGAAUUGGUUCUUCAUUAUAUGCAUUAGGAACGCAGGACUCCACAGACAUAUGCAAGUUUUUUCUGAAGGUGUCAGAGUUAUUUGACAAAACAAGGAAAAUAGAGGCUCGGGUAUCUGCUGAUGAAGAUCUUAAACUUUCUGAUCUUCUGAAAUACUACCUUAGGGAAUCUCAAGCUGCUAAGGAUCUCCUAUAUAGAAGAUCUAGGUCACUAGUGGAUUAUGAAAAUGCUAAUAAGGCAUUGGAUAAAGCAAGAGCAAAAAAUAAAGAUGUGCUGCAAGCUGAAACUACUCAGCAAAUAUGCUGUCAGAAAUUUGAGAAAAUUUCUGAAUCGGCAAAACAAGAACUGAUAGACUUCAAGACAAGAAGAGUUGCAGCCUUCAGAAAAAAUCUGGUGGAACUAGCAGAACUGGAAUUAAAGCAUGCUAAGGAAGUGGUUUCUCCUGUUAUCCAGAUUUUGGGACUUGAUGUAUAGGAUAUUAAGCAUGAGAUCACACUGGCCUGUCUGGGUAACUUACAACUUCUGCAGAGCUGCCUGGCAGUGUUAAAUGGUGACACAUAAGCUACGUUCCGUCCUCCCACUAACAAGGGCUGCCCUCCUCUGGAUUUUGUUUUCAUGACUUUAAAUAGGCAUUUACAGUUCCCUGGAGAAAACAUUUGACAAAGUGCACAUAAGCAAGCUUCUUCUUUCAAAAGAAUUAAACAUCUGAAAGUAGCUCCAGACUAUACGAACGGCAUACUUGUUAUACAUACAUAUUCAUGUUUAUUUAAUCAUUAUAUGCUUUCAUUGUUCAGAAACCAAAUGCUCGGGUUUUGUGAAAAUAGCCAAUAUAAUAAUGUUCAUGUUACAAAUAUUAUGAUACGGCUGCAAUCUUAUUUACCUUUGUAAGUAAUUUCUGAAGUUCACCAUUUGAAGCACAUUGUUCAAAUGGCCUAAAUAUUACCAUUAGAUAUUUGAAUAUUGUUACUAUAAUGACAUUGUAUACACUGUCUUAGUUUUUUUCCAUGUACUUAUAUCAAAAAACUUAUCUUUUUUUGAAUUGUGAACAUUUCUUAGAAAUUUUGGAGAACUUUGUGUAACCUUUAUAACUAUGAUUUAAAAAGAAAAGCAGAUGCAUUAGUAUGUUUGCCUUAACUUGUAGACUAAUCAAAUUAUUGUAAAAUAAACCAUGAAAUCAGUGAUUUUUCUAAAAUCAUGAAGACACUGUAUUAUAUACACAUCUGUAAGCUUAGUACUUUCUAGUAAAUUAGAUUAAUUUGUUUUUUUCUGGAUUCACCAUGUAAAAACCUUUGACUAAGUAUUGGAUUGGUCUGACACUACUUGCCCAGUACUUUUUCACUUGCAUUCUCAGGUUUUAUCUGUUUCUCUGUGACUUUCCAGUCCAGUGUACCUAAAUUGUUUCGAGCUUAGUGGCUGACUCUGCAAUUUCUUUGGCAGAAAUACAUUUGAGAGAACCUCUUGGAUUUCUUCCCGGAAAGGGGAAACAGUAGCAGAAGGGAGUUCAGAAGGUGCAUAAAGUAUCAGUGAAAAGUAAUACUGCCCCACUGUGAUACAGAUAAAACAUUUUGCUUCAGGAAAAAAAUGAAGGUAUCCCCUAUAAAGGAAUGUGUGAAAAGAGUCUCAUUCUGCUAACUGGACUUAAGACAUAGAGCUGUGAAUCCAAUAUCAUUAGUUGUAAUGAUGGGUCUCUCUUACUUGAACCAUGAACCUUUUUCAGAGGUGCUGUUAUGUUGUGUAAUUUCAGGAUGUCAUAAAAUUAGGCUUGACUUGAUGAAUCGCUCUUCACAGUGGGAUUGCUGCUUUGUGUGUGUUUGUAGGCCUUCAGUGGAGCAUCGAAUUUUGGGUGAAUGGUAUGGUUGGAAAUGCAGAUCAGUGUAAGUCAAUGUCUCUGUGAUUACAGAUGCCCUGUACUGCCACACACAGGUGCGUGGUUUGUUUCGUUUUCCUCAAAUAGGGUGCAUUGCAGUAUAGUAUACUUACCCUGCUGCCUUGCACAUUAAAACACUGCAAAGGCAGAGAACUUUGCAUUGUGCGUUUAUUUGUGUACUCAUCACCUCAGGCUUCCAUGACCAGUGCCCAGUGGCUCUUGGCAACUUACCUAGUACAGAGAGUAUUCCCAGCAAUCCCUACUACAAAACUGUGCUGUUCAUCUUCAGAUGUAACAGGUAUAAUUCCUAAGGAACUCAUCUAUAAAUAGACUAUAAGGGACAAAGAUGACAAUGUAUAUAUAGUUAACAAUAUUGUAAAUAUUUUAAGUAGGAUGUGGGAACAGUUUUUAGAUUAGUCCUCGCUGUUGAGUGUUACUAAAUCAUUAAAUUUUUUCCAAGCCUCUUGG